AUGGCGUAUCACCGAUAUGUCACCAUCUGUCAACCACUGCACUAUGAGAGAGUGAUGAAUAGGAGAGUUUGUGUCCAAAUGGCAGCCAGUGACUGGAUCAGUGGUAUUCUUUACUCUGCCCUGCACUCUGGGAACACAUUUGCAUUAUCCUUAUGUGGAAGUAACAGAGUGGAUCAGUUCUUCUGUGACAUCCCCCAGCUACUCAAGCUUGCUUGCUCUGACUCAGACCUGGAUGAAACUGGGGUUAUUGUCUUCAAUGCAUGCUUAGCUUUAAACUGCUUUGUUUUAAUAAUUGUGUCAUAUGUUCAGAACUUCAGAUCAGUGCUAAGAAUCACCACUGAGCAGGGCCGGCAAAAAGUCUUCUCCAUCUGCCUGCCUCACAUCACUGUUGUCUCUUUGUAUGUUUCCACUGGCAUCAUUGCCUACCUGAAACCCAACUCCAGGUCCAUAUCACAUCUGGAUCUCAUGGUGGAUGUUUUCUAUUCCAUGGUACCUCCAGUGCUGAAACCAAUCAUCUACAGCAUGAGGAACAAGGAGAACAAAGUUGCCCUGAGGAAAUUGAUUGGAUGGAGGUUAUUCAUAACAAAUAAAAUGCCAAUUUUUCUCUUUUGUUUUUAA